GCGCCCCUAGCCCCAGAGCGGAUCGCCCAGAUCACUCCCCUUGGCCCGCCCGGCAGAGUUCCCGGCGGAGCCGGUGAGGAGGAACGAGCCAGUGCAUUUCGCUGGCAGAGCGCUGGGAUUCUCUCCACCACGCUCCUGUUCCCUGCCCACUGGGGCUCCGACCCUGGCCCAGCUGCCCCUCUGCUCCGUCCGUUCCUGGCCCUCGGAAGGGCAGAGCGCGGCGCCUGGGGCCCGGGCAGGGGCCAGCGCACAGGGACACGGCGCGGCUGGGACAUGUCCACGCAACACCGCCAGGGCUGCAGCGGUCCCCGCGAGAUGGCUAGUAACCCAUGUGCAAGGUAGCAUUCUACACCAACCUUGAAUGCCAACAGGAAGUCACUGGGCAGCAAAUUCUUCCAAGGUCAUAUCUUGGCUGUUGGAGUUACUUGGAGAGAAGGAAAAAAGGACUGACACCAUGGCAAAAGUAAAUAGAGCUCGAUCUACUUCCCCUCCAGAUGGAGGCUGGGGCUGGAUGAUUGUGGCUGGUUGUUUCCUUGUUACCAUCUGCACCCGGGCAGUCACUAGAUGUAUCUCAGUUUUUUUUGUGGAGUUCCAGACGUACUUUGCUCAGGACUACGCACAAACAGCAUGGAUUCAUUCCAUUGUAGAUUGUGUGACCAUGCUCUGUGCGCCACUUGGGAGUGUUGUAAGUAACCACUUAUCCUGCCAAAUGGGAAUCAUGCUGGGUGGCUUGCUUGCAUCUACUGGUUUCAUCCUGGCCUCAUUUGCCACUAGUCUGAAGCAUCUCUACCUCACUCUGGGAGUCCUUACAGGUCUUGGAUUUGCACUGUGUUACUCUCCAGCCAUUGCCAUGGUUGGCAAGUAUUUCAACAGACGGAAAGCCCUUGCUUAUGGGAUCGCCAUGUCAGGGAGUGGCAUUGGCACCUUCAUCCUGGCUCCUGUGGUUCAACUCCUUAUCGAACAAUUUUCCUGGCGGGGAGCAUUACUCAUCCUUGGGGGCUUUGUGUUGAAUCUCUGUGUUUGUGGUGCCUUGAUGCGGCCAAUUACUCUUAAAGAAGACCAUACAACUCCAGAGCAGAACCAGAAACGAGACUUUGAGCAACCAUCUCCCUAUUCACCUUUGACCAAGAAAUGGCUGCAGACCUGCCCUUGUCGCUGUCUGCAGGAGGAAUACAGCUUUUUACUGAUGUCAGACUUUAUUGUAUUAGCUGUCUCUGUCCUGUUUAUGGCUUAUGGCUGCAGCCCUCUCUUUGUGUACUUGGUGCCUUAUGCUUUGAGUGUCGGAGUGAGUCACCAACAAGCGGCUUUUCUUAUGUCCAUCCUUGGGGUGAUUGACAUUAUUGGCAAUAUCACUUUCGGAUGGCUAACUGACAGAAGGUGUCUGAAGAAUUACCGGUAUGUUUGCUACCUCCUUGCUGUGGGACUAGAUGGGCUCUGCUAUCUCUGCCUCCCAAUGCUUCAAAGCUUCCCUCUGCUUGUGCCUUUUUCUUGCACCUUUGGCUACUUUGAUGGUGCCUACGUGACCUUGAUCCCAGUAGUGACUGCAGAAGUGGUGGGGACCACCACUUUGUCAUCAGCACUUGGCGUUGUAUACUUCCUUCAUGCAGUGCCAUAUUUGGUGAGCCCACCCAUCGCAGGCUGGCUGGUAGAUACGACUGGCAGCUACACUGCAGCAUUUCUUCUAUGUGGAUUUUCAAUGAUAUUUAGUUCUGUAUUGCUUGGCUUUGCUAGACUCGUAAAGAGAAUGAAAGAAACCCCACUGCGGUUCCUUGCCAAAGAAUCUGAUCCCAAGCUGCAGCUAUGGACCAAUGGGACAGUGGCUUAUUCUGUAGCAAGAGAAUUAGAUCAGAGAGAUGGGGAAUCUGUGGCUACAACAGUGCCUGGUUACAGCCCCAUAUGACCAAUGGCCUUGAGCCUGGGAAUCUUCAGGGUUGAGAGAGUUGGGGCCAUCAGAUGAUUCAUGUUUCUGAAGCAUUUUAUUUUGGCAGAAGUAUUGCCUUCCAAGGAAGCUAUUAUUGUUUUGUUGAAAUAUUUAUAAGGGAAGAUAUCAAAAAUACUAAGCUAGACUAGCCUGGGGUUUCCUUAUAUGGUAUUUGUACUCCAAUUCAAUGUGGAUGGAGAUGAGGACAGUGACAUAAUUAGCUGUAAUUUGAGGUAAUUUCAAGGCAUAAUCAAAGCAGGUAACACUGGGUUGCAGCCUUGUCAUUCCAAAGCCUCCACAUCUCCCUCUUCCCUCCUCGGUGAGAUGGCAAAUGGAAACACUGACCUGUAGGUUCACUUACCUUGUGCUACUUGGAGAAGCAGGGUCAGUUUGAGUGUGGUAUGGAGAGUGAAGAUACACACUUUCAUGGUGGAAGUCCUCAUUAGGGUUUUUAAUAGAGAGUUAAAGAAUACUUGAUAUUCUUCCAAAGGCAAUGCAAUGAUUAAUGAAAGAGACUGGCUUCUCCUCAGUCUUACUUAGUCUUCAGCCAGUCCUCAUCUCUGUCAAUGGGUAGAUGCCGUUUUGAGAACCCAAAGACUCAUGGAAUGGAUCUGAAAGGCUGGCUGGUAAGAUCUUCUAUUUGAACUUGUUCUCUAGAAAGGGAAAGCUCUUUUCUUAAGACUGUGUACCCAGGGACUCACCUCCAUUGCUAUCUCAUGUAUUGCUAACUCCAAAUUUAGUAGAACACCCACACCACGUUGCAAGGGCAACCCAUCAAUCUUGCUUGAAAUGUUAACAACAUAAAAACUCCCCCACCCCCACUUGUUUUUCCUUCAAGAAAAAAAAAAAGUUCUUAUUUAAACUACAGACACAUUCCUAUUAGGAACAGAAAAAUGUUGACAGCAUUCCAACUGGGCAGGAAUUGAAUUCCUGAAUCAGCAGGUCUCUGAGAGAGUUUUCUUUGCAGUUUAGAUAAUUAGGGUCAUCAUUAUCCAAAAGAGGAUUUGAAAGAUUUUACCUGAAAAACAUUAUCCUGAUGAUUUUCCAAUGAUUCUCCUUUGCCCCCGUGUUAAUUCUUGUUCCAAUGUUUGCCAACCUUCAUUCCUUAUAGUUAAUAAUUAGAACUUAACUCAUUGGAUUAUCAUAGUUUAUUCCUUACCAUAUACUCCACUUUUGUAUGGAUUGAGAUAGUCUUCAGAUUGAAGAUGGAGGGCGUGGAGAGAGAAAGGAAAGGCCAAGUUCUCUUACUUGUCUUUAAUUGUUUGAAAUACACAGAAUUGUAAACUUUCCUCCUAAAUCAUGUCAUACCCAUAAGUAGGGUAAAAUUAUGCAAUUAAAAGAAGAAUUUUAAUUAUUCAAGAAUUUAAAAUCCAAACUUCAAGAAAUCUUUUGACCUUGAAAGCCUUUUAAUCCACUGUUUCCCAUGAGGCCUCACAAGUGCCCUGUCAGGUGUCCUGGAAGAAAAAAAUCAAUGAGGAAGGUCCUAGGUAGACUGAGCUUGCUUAGCAAGAGUCCUUGGCUAGAAUUGGAUUAUUUCACAAAAUCACACGUUUAAUACAUUGUUUUUGGAAUAAAAUCCAAAUGAUGGGAGAAAAUGGUAAUGUUUCAUAGUUGUUUUCCAAAGAGAAAUUUGAAUAUUAUCUGUUAUCUCCUUACUUAGUCUGAGAAUUUCAUUUUGAACCCAUUUAUUUUGUCAUUUGUAAUUCUUUUAAAAAUUUGGAAAAUAUAUGUAAGAUGUCAAUGUUAAAAUGAAGGUACACUUGUUGAAACAGCACUUUACCCAAAUGUCAUUUCUUAAAUCUUCAUGCUCAAGAAUUUUUUGAAAUAUGAAUAGCUAUAAAUAUGAGGAUACUUCAAAGAGUUCAUGGAAAAUUCACAUUAUCUUUUAUUCCCAUUCUUGCACAGCUUUUUGAAGUCCCUUUAUAUUCUUACACAUAUUUUUUUCAUAGGAAUAAUCACACUGUGAUUUUGUUUAUGAGGUUCUGCAGUAUAACUUCUCUAAAGUAUUAUAACUGAAAAAUUAACAUAGUGAUCAGAAAUUUUAAGUAUUUGUAUAAAAAUGUUUGGAAUAGUUUGUACACAUGCACUGAUUUGUGUUUUACUUUCUCUCUUGGAGCAGCAUUUUUAGAAAAUCAGUAAGGAAAAUGUUGAUCUUCGAGUCUACCAUUUUUGGCAUCUACAUAAAAUUUUACUGUUUCAUGUGCCUAUUCUGUUUGAUUCCAAUGAGGAAUUAAUGAUAAUGAUAUAUUUUUUAAAAUCAAAACAGAAGUAUAGCAGGAUGUUUCUACAUCUUAAAUAUUUCUUUAUACCACUACAAACUCUACUUUGGAUUGAUGGAGUGGAAUAGCAGAAAAAAAAUUAUCUAAUUUUUAUAAAUACAUUGUACUAUUGGGGCCUUUGUUCAGAUUGUAAUUUCACAAAUAGAUCGGCUAUUUAUGCUAAUACUUUCUUAUUUAAAAAGCAAAAUAAAGUGAGUUUAUGGUCAUGUGUUUGGAGAAACACUUUUUCCUUGCAAAAGGAGUUUGAAUUGGAUGGUGUCUGGAACAUGCUAAGAUGUAGUUAAGUUGCAUUUUAAAAUAUGGUAAGUAAUCAAAACCCUUCACAGAAUACUCUCAAUACUGUGCUAGGCAAUUCCUAUGCAUUGUUUCAUUUACUCCUCAUAAUAAUCUAUGUUAUCACCAUUCUGUAGCUGUGGAAACUGAGGCACUACGACCCAUAGCCUAGUAGGUGCUGCACUCUAGUGCGUGAAAUGAAAUUGUAUAGAACUAGACACCAGUCUAAAGCUGGAGCCUGUGUCCAUCCCUCUUUGCCUACUCUGGUCAUCUUGUACAGGUUCAAGAGAUGGUUUAGAAAUAGGCCUUCAACUGGGCAGAUACAAUCCCCUAAAUUAUAUUGCAAUUUUCCAAUAUCUGUAGGAGAGAAUAUUUUUGAUUGGAACUUCCCAAGAGGUUUGAUCAAAACCACUACUUUCAGGCUAAGUUCUUUAAUUUGAUGUUGGUUGACUAAUGCUUCUCUUUGGGAGCAUUUGGGUGGGUGAGGAGUGGGAGACAGGGGAGUAUACUUUGUUCUAGCAGUGAGUUCCACCUUCGAUAUUACCAAAGUCAUGCUUUCUUGGUCAAGAGUUUAGUUCUUUCUGAAGUGCCUGCAUCAUUGCCAGUGUCUAUUUGGCACCCACCUUUCUGGUCCAAAUAGGUCUAACUCUGAAACUGUUUAUUGUGAUGAAACAGUGUGAGUUCAUGGGAGUUUCUCUUCUCACACUUAAAAGCUUGAGUGUUUUAAAAUUUUUCAAUUCUAUCAAAUAAUGGAUUUUAUCCUUAUUGUCAUAACAGCUACCAGUAACAGAUAACUAGGAUUUUAUUCCAUUGCACAAAAAAGUAUUUGAUAGGAGAUAUGGGAAGAUAUCAAAUAGUACUAAAAAACUGACAUUAAAACAAAGCAUUUUGUUAUGAACUCUCAAACAUAUGCAAAAGUAGAAAGAACAGCAAAACAAAGUUGAUGUACCCAUUCCUCAGCAUAUACCAUUAUGUACCAAUGUUUCCCCCUCCAUGAAGAGAUCUGAAAUAUAUGAACAUGCUCACAGCACACGUCCUCCAGCUGCCAAGGAUUGACUAAACUCAGCAAAAACAAUUUGUUCACAUUGGCAGAGGGUAUGAGUGGUUAGUAUUGCAUCACCUGUUAAUGAGCCACACCGUUACAAAGCUGAUGAGGCCCUUUCUUGCUAUGAGAUUGGAGUAUUGGAAUUACAGGUUAAAAUUUCCUCCUCUCCCCAGCCUCUUCCUCAGACUUAAGGCUGUGUCAAAUAAGGGAAAAGUGCUUUUGAGGUUAUUUCACUAUUUCUCUUAGUUGUUUAAGAGUCAUAGGUCCCUGAGGGGUAUGAAAUCCAAGAUUGGUCUAAAAUUUAAUAAGAACCAUUUGAUCUUGAGGUUUGAAUUGACAUUAAAAGGGCAUUAAAAUUGGGGCUGGUAUUACAGUGUAGUAGGUCAAACUACAGUUCUGCUCAUGACACCAGCAUCCCACAUUGGAGUGCAGGUUCAAGUCCUUGCUGCUCCAUCUCAAAUCCAGUACUUGGGCCCCUGCUACCCACAUGAGAGACCCAGAUAGAUUUCCUGUCUUCGGCAUGGCUGUUGUGGCCAUUUGGGGAGUGAACCAGCAGAUGAAAUCUUCCUAUCUCUCCCUCUCUCUGUAGCUCUGCCUUUAAAAUAAAUAUUUUAAAAUGCAUUAAAAUUAAUAUUUUAAAUGCAGUCUUUCAAAAAUUUUCUCCUAAAGGUGUUUAUUUUUUGUGACCAUUGACACAGGUAGUGAUGAAAGAGCUAGAGGCCCCUACCCGAGCCAAGAUGAAAAAUUCUCAUUCAUUCCUGGACAGCUUGUUUUUGCAGUUGGGGCCAGAGUAAGGCCAUGGUGGGUAAGAGGUGGGAGUGGGGGCAAGGGCUGUGGAGCACCCUCUUUGUGUGACCACCAGAAACUGGCAGACACCUAUGCACAGAGACAUGUUAUGCGGCACUGCCAUCUGCUGGAAUUAGUAAGAACACGCCUCCCCCCCAUUGGUGUUUCCAAUUGUAAUUCACUAGUACAAGGCUGGCCUUGGAAGAAACACGGGUUAUUGUUUCCUCCACUUCCAACGUCCCCACCCCCACACCCUGCUUGUUACCCAUCCCACGUUUAUCAUCUUUCUCUUGCAGGUACAAAUACUGAGAUAAAGAUGUUGUGUUGCAGGUUUAAGGAUUUUGAUUGUUUUUGUCAGUUUUCUAUGUAGAGUAUCAAAGUUAAUGUAAAUGAUGAUUUUGAUUGGCUUGACUAAAAUAGCCAUUUAUAAAAUGUAAGGUUAAAAAUAUUUAUUGGAGUCCUCUUACCUCUGAGGAACCAGAUUUCCAUUCUUGGUUGCAUUUUUGUUUCCUGUUGUUAACCCUACCAAUGUGCUAAUUGAUUUGAUGUCAUGAUAAAGGAUUAAAUUGAAAUAUGAGACAUUGAAUCUUAAAUAUACAUAAGAACCCAAAUUUUUGGAAAUGCUUAAACCAUGUGAUAUAUGAGAGUAGAUCCCAUGUCUGGAAACCUAAAACAUCCUUCUAUUCUAUAUACAAGUUAUGAUAAAUAGUGAUUGAAUUUAAGAUGUGUACCUACUAUGAAAUUGUGAGGAUGCUACUUAUAAUUUAUUCAGAGGAGAGUGAAUCCUGUUAAAAUGAAAGAUUCUGUUGAACUAAGCGACUUGAUGAAUUUGAUUAUGUGUAGGUGGGUCUGUGACUGAGUGUGAGGAUAAGAGAGAGAAGUGAAUGGCUUUGUUCCUUGUUUUGCCAAGAGAAAAGUGACUUAGGAAGCAGGCAAGAUCCAGAAUCACGAAGAGACAAAGAUCAGGAAAAGGCCAAGGUUCCUUUCCUUCCUUCUCUUUGUCUCCUUCCCCCAUCCCGCUCUCUUCUCUGUUUCCAUCUUUCUCCCCAGACACUCCCCCUCCCUUCCUUCUUUCCUUGCUAUAGUCUCUAUGAAGAUUUGGUUCUAUUUUUCCAAAUCUUUCAUCUCUAAUUUUAACAUUAUUUAGAAAAUAUUACAUAGUGAUUAAGUGCUAGCUUCUAGAACGAGGCAUCCAGUAUUUGAAUACUUUUUCCACAUUUUAUUAAGAAUGUGACCUUGAUCUUAAUAACUCCAAAUUCCAAUUUACUCAUUUACAAAAGGGAAGAAUUAAAACAUCUAUUAAGAGUUUUGUAAAGUUUUUUCACGAUUGAGAUUAUAUUGGUUGAUUAUAUUAUUGGUUGAGAAUUACAACACAGACAUUCUAAUUCUUUUUUAAAAUGGUUUAUUUAUUAUCUAUUAUAAGGCAGAGUGGUAGAUAGAUCUUCUGUCACUGGUUCAUUUCCCAAACGGUGACAAAGUCAGAACUGGGCCAUGAUGAAGCCAGGAUCCAGGAACUCCAUCUGGGUCUCCCAUGUGGGUGUCAGGGCCCAAGUACUUAGGCCAUCUUCUGCUGCUUUCCCAGGCACGUUAGUAGGAAGCUGGAUCAGCAGUGGAGUAUCUGAAACUGCAACUGAUGUUCCGAUAUAGGAUGCCAGCAUCACAAACAACAGCUUAACCCAGUGUGCCAUAAUACUAGCCCAUUGUACACAAUUUUUAAUGUCCAUACUGAAAAUGCAAAAAGCCAUGUAGUCCUUUUUAAAGUUAUUCCAGUGACUUCCAAACUUCCAGUUUGGAAUCAAAUCUUCUUUAGGAGGAUAUCAAUUACCAAUAUCUUUAAAUGUUGGUUCACCAUCACAUAAGCCCCGCCAACUCACAAUUUAAUACAUAUAUACUACAUCCUCAAAUAUUCAAUCUUCCAUGGCACAUUAACAAAAGUAUUAGGAAAAAUGACUACCAAAACCAAAGAUGUUAGAGUACAUACAACUCUGACAGACAACAAUUAAGGAGAACGUUUCUGCAGUAGAAUUGUUAUUCUACAAAACAAUAACAUGGGAGUAGAAGAACUGAAAAUAUUGAAGACAUUGUAAGUGCAAAAUAUUGAAGGCAUAUUAAGUUAAAAUAUUGAAAGCAUAUUAAAAGUCAUAUUAAAUUGACUUCAAAUUUCCGUUAGUGUGCCCUGUACUGUGGGAUCUAGAAAGUCUCCCCACCCCCAUCUACAGAAUGAAACAGUUAAAGCCUCCCAUAAUGCAAUAUCUUACUGUUUUCUGGUUGUACCAAAAAAAGGGAACAAUCAGCAAAUGAUUUCACCUCCUAAAAUAUCAUUUACAAAAAAAAAAAAAAAAAAAAAAAAGGAUGAGGUGGGAUUCCCUUCAAAACAUUUCUAGAUCUACUUACUUGAAUUUACAAAACAGUUGAUAAAAAUAUUCCUUUGGGUUGUACAAGAAAGGAGCCAGGGACCACUGAGAACAUGCAUGCAUGGUACUUAGACUUGGCUUCUUUCUCUUCUGCUUCAUCAGAGGUUGGAGUCUGAUGGUCUACAGUGUCUGUGUUCUGCAAACAAGUCUUCAGUCUCUUGGUGAGCCUCUUUGGCCUGUUUUCCUGUAGCUCUUCUUUUCCCUUCUGUUUAAAGCACUUUUUUGUCUGGUGGCUUCCCCUCUCCUGUGGCCUUUUUGGGCUUCAUUCCCCUCUUUGUGGGAGCUGGUGUAGCCAACAACCUUGCCCAUUGCCUCUUGGGCUCUUCCCUCACCAUUCCUUCAGCUGAGUUGACCUUUCUCUUGGGAUGCAGAAAGGGUACAGUGCCAGGUGCCCACAGGCCUGGGCUGCUUGUCUGCUGCUGCUGUUCCCACUGCCCAUGCUGCUGGGACCCACUAGAAAGAAUUUUAAGCUUAAUACACGCACUGUUCUUGGAGCAGCCCAGGUAUGCGUGUAAUACACUGUAUGGAGUUAACCACAGGAAUUCAAUGUGUGACUUAAGCCAAGACAGAAUAUUACUGAUUAGUGUCUUCACUGUUCCAUCCAGCUGGCAUCACCAUGUUUUCUUUUCAGAGGUUAUCAAUGUGCUCCCAUGACGUAUGGCUGUCCCAAAAUAUAUCAGCUUAUUAUUUCUUUUUAGGUAACAUCAUGAAAGGAGGUAUUGAGAAUUCUAAUUCAUCACUCAUAGAAGAACUCAGUUCAGAGGAGUUAAGGGCAUAUAUUUGGCAUUUCUGUGCAUGUCUCUCAUUAGAUACUUUUUUUUUUUAUUUAAUGGGAAUUACAACAAAAUGUUAAUGAACAAAUUUAUCUCAGUAAAUAAGAAACAGCCAGAAGGAGGAGGUAGUUGUGGUUGGGAUGGGGUGUGGCAUGGUUUUAUCUCAGAAAAGAGGACGCUAAAGAAAAGAAACCACAUGUCAAUGAUCCACCAAACCUUGGCUAAGAAGAGAAGUGGAGAGCAACAGGGAGGCUAGUCCUGGAAGACAAGGGGGGAGGGAAUAGGAAGAUAUUUAAGCAGAGUGUUAAGAGAAGGUGUAGCUGUUAAACAGAGACUUACUAUGUUGUUCUGUAGGGAGGGGAAAGAGGAAGAAAAAUCAGGUGUGUGUGACAGGACGGUAUAUCAUAACCCGUGACAGUGACUGUGGUGUGCUUAUAAUGCUAUUUUUAAUCUUUGUAAUAUAGACUUUAUUGAUUUCCUGCUAUGUUGCAUUAGAAUUUCACUAUUGAAUUUGUAGAACUCUCAUCCCAGUUCCUUUCUAGUUUGACUCAAUUUUUACUUACUUCAUCAAUUAGUUUCAUAAUUCAGAACUUGCUUGAAACUUUGACACAGUUUUUUUUUUUUUUUUAAGGUUGAUUAAUUUAUUUGAAAGGCCGAGCUACUGAAAGAGGGGAGACAGAGGGAGAGAUCCUGCAUUUGCUGGUUCACUCCCCAAAUGGCCCCCAUGGCUGGGAGUGGGAUAGGCUGGAGCCAGGAGCCAGGAGCUUCAUCUGGGUCCUCCAUGUGGGUGCAAGGGCCUAUUCACUUGGGCCAUGUUCUGCUGCUUUCCCAGGUCCUUUAGCAGGAAGCUAGAUAUUGGAAGUGUCAUGGCUGGGACUUGGGUGCAUAUACAGGAUGCUGGCAUCAAAGGCAGUGGCUUAACCCAUUGCGCCAACACGCCACUCUGAAACUUAAUUAUUUCAUCAAAUUUUAUCUGUAUCUUUUGGCUUCUCUUUUUUGUAAGAUAAGAUACUUUGUCUACCCUUCUGCAGUGGUUGAAUGUUUUUGACCCCUUCACAUGAGCUUCAUGUGUUCAAAGCUCAAUUCUCAACACAACAAUGUCACACACAGGGCCUAAUGGGCAGUGUUUAGGUUGUGCAUGGAUUAAUGCCCUUAUAAAAAGAUUGCAGGAGUGGGUGCCCCCACCUCUUGUGCUCUUCUGUAUGGAGGACCAGGGGUCCUCCCCUCCAGAAGAUGGCAGUGGUCAGUCACCAACUUGGAAGCAGAAACCAGACACCCUGCAGACACCAAACCUGCCAUACCUUGAUUUCAGACUUUCUAGCCUUUGGAACCGUGAGAAAUAUAUUUUGACUUUUUAUAAAUUAUCCAGUCUCAGGGGUUAUGUUUUACCACUACAAAUUGGAUGAAGACACCUUCCUUUGUUUUGUAUUUCUCCUCUUUGCCAACUCAUAUAUUAUCAAGGUUGUAAAUGUCUAUGUUUUGUUCUGUAAUCAUAAUUACUGAUCUAAAAAGUUGAAAAACAAUAAAUAAUCCUUAUAUAAACACAAUUUACAGUAUAUUUGUUUAGGGUCCUCUAAUUGUGCUUCUUUCAGGUCUGUCACUUUGAUCCAAGAUAGGAUUUGAGAUGUAAACUUCUCAUGGCCUUCAUGUUAGGGUUAUCAUGUUACUGUUCUUGACCUACUCAAAGGAGACUUAUAAUUGUCAAGACCAAAUGGAUUCUUAUUUCUUAUAACUCACCAGUUAUACAAAAGUGUGCCACACUUUGUUUGAUUUUUCUGUCAUAUUCUUUAAUCUCAACAAUAAACAUAUUUCAUUAAAAAAUUA